UUCCUCUUUAAAAAUGAUGGUAUUAACUAAAAAGACAUGUGUGAUAUAUAUUCAAAACAUCAUAAGAUUUUCACGUAAUAUUAUAUUAUAUAUUGUUGUUAUGUAGUAGAAAAAAGUAACAAUGAAUUAAAAAUCAAAAACUGUUAAUAUAUAGAUUGAUUUUUAUAAUUAGAUUUAGAACUUGGUAUAUUGCUUGGAUUUUAUAAAAAGUGUUUGUGGCGGGUGCACUAACAUGAAGAAGGUCAUUUUAACAAAAAGCAAUAGUAAAACAGUUACAACUGCGUUCAAGAUAACCAGCCCUGAUAACGCCAAAUCUAAGUUGGCCUAUGCGGAGUUAUUUCGUGUAGUACUUCAAAUACCUGAAAAAGAUGUACAACUUCGUAUUUUGGAAGCAGUUAAUGGAAAAUCAUCGAGCUCACAGAUUGUACACGCCUUGUGCCCGAAUUGUAAAAAGACAUUUGGUAACAGUGCUGACUCCUUCAAGGAAAAAGCCACACAAACGGAUAUUACCGAAAGAGUUACACAUUCAACAAAUGAAGCAAUUAAAGUAAUAACACUACCACUUCAGUCGUCGCAGAAUUCUUUACAUCCAAGCAAUGGUGAUGACAGUCGAAAUGGAAACUCACCAGCUUUACAAAGAACAGUAAUUUCUACAACAAUAACACGAAAUCUUACGAUAGCACAACAGUCGGUGGAGCCGAAGUCUAGAGGAGAUCAAACGUCUAAAGUUAAUGAUUCAAUAAAUGCACCAGUGAAAAGGAAACGGAAACGAAAAGUAUGUCUGCCACAAGUGGUAAAAAGGUCACAUGCCCAAAUGGCACAGACUCAACUACAACCCAAACUAAAGGCUAGAAAAAUUGAAAAAACCCCAAACAUAGAUCAAGCGCCAACAAAUGAUUUAAAUCGAAGAAAUCGAAGUGACUCGAUAAUAUCCAUUACUUCUGAAUUUUUAAACGGAAUCAGUUUUGAAUCGCCAGAGCCACAUAAAACAAAAGAAGAGCACAUCAUUCGCAAAAUGGCUGAAGAAUUUAUAGAUGCAGACAUACGUAGAGAUGGAUUGCUCGCCAUACACCGCACCAUAAUUGAAAACGACUUGGAUGCCUUACGGAGGCAAAUAUUCGUUUGGAGGAAAAUUAGAAAAGUGGAAGAUCUUAACACCUUACUUACGGACGAUGACGAAAAUUGCCUCCAGUUAGCAAUCGUUCAAGAUUGCUACCCGAAAAUAAUCAAUGUGCUAUUAAAUGAGGGUUUGAACACAAAUGAAAUCGAUGACCACUCCAACACCUCUAUUCAUUUAGCUGUACUCAACGAAAUCGAAGAUAACUCUUUACGUUUGCUAAUGGAAAAGAUAGAUCUAAAACUAUUAUUACACUUAAAUGAUGAUGGAUACACUCCCCUGCAUAUGGUUGUGCGUGCCAAUAGUUAUAUACGCGCAGAAAUCAUUCUAAAUGCACUAGAUGAACGCCUUUCAGGAAAACCUUCAUUUACUCGAAAUUUUACCUCAACAUCAUCCGAAAAUGAAUUUAGUAAAUAUUACGAAGACGUUUGUAAGAAAUUGGAACAAAAAUAUAGCAAUACAACGAGAAAUGCACAACCGAAGUUGAAGAAGAAAUUUUUGGAGAUGGGCGAUCGGAAAAGUGGAAAUACAGCGUUAUUUUUUGCAAUUGAAAAUAAAUUAGUUUUGCAGAGCAUUUUGUGUUCUUCUUAUUGGCGCAUCUCACAGAUCCUCGUGUUAUGAAUUUUAGCGGUCAAGACGCAAAAUCGUAUUACUCGGAAUUUGGCAAAAUGCUGCAAUUAAGUUUAAAAGUGGAUAAUGCCAUGGAAAGUGUGGUGACAAUACUGGGGUAAAGCUAUCGAUAUUA